AAAAAAUUCAUUUAUUCACACACGCUUCGCAAGUCCGGCUUCGUGCAACCGUGACGUCGGCAUCGUGGCAGUGGCAUUGGUACGUACCGGUGGCGUGAGUGUUCCUAUCGCCUUGCAACUGUGACGGGCUAUAAAGCCGUUACCCAGUUAGUUGGUUGAUCCUUGGACAAGGCCGGCCGAGAAGGAUCUGUUAUUUCAAGCCGCUGAGGUGAAAACGUGGAUAACUAAUUGGGGGUUUUGGAAUGGCGAGUUGUGUAUGGACGCCGCGUAUGCGGGCUACCUAUUCUUCUGUAUGCUUGGACUGCCGCCCCACCUCACGGAGGCGGAGGACAGGCGUCAAUUUCAGUGGCCCCUCAGUUGUCAGAUGUCGCAAAUCUGACUCGCUGUUUAUGUGCACCAGAAGAAUCUAUUGCAGCACCGCUAAUGACAACGAAGCUAGGAGCAGUGACAAACAAACUGGAAUUCAGCUUUACAGAGAUAUUGAGAGAUUGCUUACGGAGACAGUUAAGCAAUCUCAAGGUGAUUGGCGAACUUCAAGCAACUGGAGCGAACUUGAGGGUGCAUGGGUGUUGAGACCAAGAAAUUCAAAACCAGUGUCCAUUGUACAUUUCAUUGGUGGUAUAUUCGUUGGGGCUGCCCCUCAGCUUACCUACCGCUUGUUUUUGGAGAGCCUUGCAGAAGAAGGUAUAUUGGUUAUCGCUACCCCUUAUGCUAGUGGGUUUGAUCACUUUCUUAUCGCAGAUGAAGUGCAGUUUAAAUUUGAUAGAUGUCGUCGAUUGCUUCAGGAACCGGAACAAGAUCUUCCUUGUUUUGGCAUCGGGCAUUCUCUGGGAUCUGUCAUUCACCUAUUGAUCGGCUCAAGGUAUGCCGUGCAAAGAAAUGGGAAUGUAUUGAUGGCAUUCAACAAUAAGGAAGCAAGUAUAGCCAUUCCCUUGUUCUCACCUGUUCUCGUACCAAUGGCUCAAAGCAUUGGACCAAUUUUGUCACAAGUUGCAUCAUCUCCAACAAUUCGUCUUGGGGCAGAGAUGACUCUGAAGCAAUUAGAGAACCUUAGCCCUCCAAUUAUGAAGCAGGUUCUUCCUCUGGUUGAGCAACUUCCUCCAUUAUAUAAGGAGUUGGUUAACGGGAGGGAGAAUUUUACCCCAAUACCAGAACAGACUAAAAGACUGAUAAGGUCUUAUUAUGGGAUUUCAAGGAAUCUUUUAAUAAAGUUCAAAGACGAUACGAUUGAUGAAACAUCAGUACUAGCCCAGAUACUUAGCUCAGAAUCUGCUAUCAGUUCAAUGCUUGAUAUGUCCAUACGCUCAUUACCUGGGGAUCAUGGGCUUCCGCUCCAGCAGAGACACAAACACAGGCACGCAUGCACAUGCACACACGGAAACAUGCGCAAAAUUGGGCAGGGGAACUUGUGUCCAAAUAAGAUUCAUACUUCAUUUCUUGCUUGAUAUGUCACCUAUCAAGGUUGAAUGUUCAGGCUCUGCCAGAUGUUCCCCCAGCAAUGGCAGAUGCGGUGAAUCGGGGUGGAGAGUUUUUGGCAUCUUUAACUGCGGGGACACCAUGGGAGACAGUUGCCAAAGAAGUAAGCAAUUCUCUUGGCAGGGACGCGAGACUUGUUCGUCCAGAAAUGUCCAAGGACAUGGACCUCCUUGUCAAUGUAAUAACUUCCUGGAUGAAGGGAAACACAAGUACAAGACUUUUAAGGCCCUGAUCAAUCAAUGACCAUGCUAACGCUUUCAGCCUGCUGGAGUUACAGGUGGAGGAAAGGAAAAGACUUCAGACCUUCUUGCCCCCAAUGUUGAUAUUUAACACUACUAUAAUAUACAGAAUUAAAACUUCGAAAGCUUGGGCUAUAACCCUCCUUGUCAGUGUAAUAACUUGGUUGAUGAAAGCAAAUACAAGUACCAGACUGCUAAGGCCCUUAUCAAUACACGUCUAACUCUUAAGGGAUUUCUCCUAGUGGCGUUGCAGAUGUAGGAAAGUAAGGACUUAGACCGCUCUCAAGUGUACGGAAAGCUGCAACCAUAAUAGGAGAUAAAUUUGAAUCUGCCAAGUGUUCCCUUGUACAUCUAUUUUGGCAUUACUAGUUUUAUUUUGGCAUAUUUGUUA